GAAUUUGCGGGAGCUGGACUCUACCACGAAGGUCCCCUUCAUUUUGAUAGAGCUCACAGGAGAGGGCGACGGCGAGGGUGAGAUCGAGGUAACUGGCAAGGACGAGUAUGGGGUGUACGAGGCUUUGAACAACUUCUUUGUUCACACCUGGGGCUGCGAUCCUCUGGACCCAGGUGACGAGACAGAAGACACCAAAGUGCCGUUUUGCUCUGCCCAGUACAGGUGGCCUGGGUACUCUGUCAAAGGCGAUGAUGGCUUGAACAAUCAGGGGCUCAUGACUAUGAGACUCAUCGACUUCAUGUGUGGAAACUUAAGCUGGACACUGGCAGUGGUGAAUGGCGGCAACGUUGGCGAGAACAGAGACGUUCGGGAGACACAGCUCAUCUUCAAGGCUCCUCACCCCAUGAACCUCGUGGCACCGCAUCUUCUCGUGGAGGUUCGGUCUGCAGGCUUCAUCGAGGUCUGUGCGGACCUGGACGAGGAGAACAAUGCUAUUCUGGGCAGCCUCGAUGGAUACUUCGCAGAUCGCUUCAAGGCGUCACUUAUAGAAGGCCAUGAGGAUUUUUGCGACCGCUACUACGAGGCCGGCGAGGGCAUCUUUAAGGGGAGCGGCGGCAGCCUCGACAGCAACUUCGGCCUCCUGUGCACAGAUGUCUGCGAUGUCAUCACCACGCAUGAGGGUUGGAGUCUCGUCGCCUGCAACACUGGGAACUACGGCGCCGACGGCAGAUUCUCAGAGCAGCAGAUGAUCUUCCGGCGUGAUUAUCACCCGCUCGGCGAUUCGAAAUACCUCCAAGUCAUUCUGAAUGCGCUGGGGAACAUCGAAGUGAACGGCCAGCAUGUGCGGGAGAUCCACUCAAAGCUCGACGGCUUCUUUCGAGGGAAGUGGAAAUGCGAAAGGGCGGGACACUUCCGGGAAGGCGACACCCUCUGCCGCAGGUACACCUGGGAUGUCUCGGAGUUGAACAUGCUUCGUGCCACUGCCGAUGUGGUUACUUUCUUCGAGCUGCAGGGCUGGGCCACUCUGCAUCCAAAUUCGAGCCAGUUCAGAACGGCCGUCGCAGCUGUGGCGGCCGCUUGCCUGGCCAGCAUCGCCUGCGAGGUACUCCAUGACACUGGCCACUGUGAUGUUCGACCUGUGGGAGACGACGUGGACAGCUCAGAGUUUCGGCGGGCUGCGCUGCUGCCAGGUGUCAUUCGGGUCGGGCGCUGGAUGUGGUGUCGGCAGUGGCGCGUGCGACCCGCCGCCGGCAACACCAAAAGCCGUAUUGCGGUGCUCAUCAACAUUCAGGAGUACGCCCACUGGCCUCGAGUCGUGGACAAGAGUUGGGGUGCACUUUGCGAGAACAUGCAGCGCCGCAGUGCUGAUUGGGAGGUGGUAACAUGGCCGGACCUCAUGGAGAGGAACGUUGACUCUUUGGUAGACCUCCUGGUGGCAAAGCUGCACGGUUUAGACGAUGCAAAAGUGCUGAUCUACAUCUCAUGCCAUUCCCAGAUGAUGGAUAACGAUCCACAAUUCCUACCCGCUGAUGCACGAGGAUGGGGUGAUGGAGUUUCCUUAUCCUGGCUGGUGCGACAACUGGAUGCAGUCCGACCCAGGAAUGCUCGCUUCUAUAUCAUCGUGAACGGCUGCCUGACGAAUGCGGGAAGAAUCGACCGAUGGUGCCGGUGCUGCCGGAGGGUGCAGCUGGCGCUUCAGAGCGAGGAGCUCGAUUCCGCAAGACUUUCUACGAGGAUGCUUCGCCGCCGUAGUGAUCCUCAAGUGUGGAUGCUGUUUGCCGCAGCCCCCGGUGGAGAAGUCGCCGGCGACGAGCAGAACGGCGAUCUUUUGACCAGGAAAUUCCUGGAAGCCUUGGACAGCAGGCCUGGCAGCCUGGAGAUCGAGGAGAUCUACAACGAGCUCCACACGGCGGUCUGGAACGCACGCAGGGACGAGGGUGGACCACUGCAUCCCUACUUGGUGAUCACCACUGGCCGGCUUCCCCCCGCAAUCCCGCAUGAGACGUCGGAGGCGAGUCAGCAGACCUGCGCAAGCACUUCGACUUUGCAAAGUACGGCGGCGUCGACCGCCCACGCAUAG